AUGGAUGCCACUAUUGCAACGGUACUAAGUCAGUGCUUGAAGGAGUUCACGGAGUCAAUCAACUCAGGUGCACUUGCACGAUACGAAAAUGAAGUCUCUCAACGUCGCUGGUCAGAUGAAUUGGGCCGACUACGAAUCUGGGCUGGUAAUAUUGGUGCUCAUCAGACUGGGCAGUCCUCGCUGGACUACCGGCUCCGAGAUGCUUCGCACCUGAAGAAUGAGACAAUGAAAAUUUUGCAGCGAAUGGUGCGGGUGUUACAAGACCUAGCCGAUGUGAUGAAUGAAGAAGAGGAAGAUCAGCUGGGAAUUGACGAAGGGUUCCCUGACACCAGCGAUACGGAAAUGGACGACCAGAACAAUGAGAUGACAGACAUUCAAGUGUUGUACCAGAGUCUACGGAACAUUAUCAAUCUCCUGUUCCGGAUAUCCAUGGCCAUUCGUAGGCCCGCAGACCACGAUCGUCUCCUGGGGAUAAAGAUCAAGAACGCUUCAUUCUUUGAACCUUGGGCCCAACAACACGUUUCCCACAAGUUCCCCAACGCCGAGGCCACCAUUACUAGCCGCCUAAGCGCUGCUAUGGCAAGACAAAAAGCAGUGCUAAAAUAUUUUGAGCGGCAUAAAGCAAAGCUUAGCAAAGGACUAGUUGCCACAGGCGACACCGAGUCCAACUAUCUUUCGGAAACAGUGGCCACGGAGAUGGCCAUGGCGGAUGACAUGGACCAGCUCCAGUUCUUGGAAACAAAUUCCAUGUCGGGUAUCUCCCAAACUUCAUACGCCCCUAGCAUGUUUACCGCAAAUGAAUCGCUGUCUAUUCCUAAUGCGCCAAAGGAAUCCGCGGAUAAUAGCCCAUUUGAAUGUCCAUAUUGUUGUAUUGUGAUCACAAUCAGGAAUACAAAAGACUGGGCUCGUCAUAUCUUCCGAGACUUGAUGCCAUAUGUCUGCUUAUCGCCCGAGUGCAGUACCCCAUCAAAGCUCUAUGGCAGUCGUCGGCAGUGGUAUCAGCAUAUUUGCGAAGCCCACUCUGUACCGGCAGAUCCGCAGAGUGUUUUGAAUUGUCCUCUGUGCCAGACCGAUAUCCGACCACCGCUGACGUUUGAGCGGCAUGUUGGACAUCAUAUGGAGCAGUUGGCCCUGUUUGUUCUCCCUCGUGAGGAUCCAGACCCAGUGGAACAGGCUCAAUUGGGAGCAUCAUCCGAACCUGGGUCCUUGGCAGUUGCGGGAGAUACUCGCAAUCCUAGUAGUGACUCAGAGGAAGGGGCAUCCCAGAAUGAGUAUGAAGAUGCCUCCACUCGUCGGGUGGUAGAGGAUUUUGGGGCCGACGAAACUCAUGCCAGGAAAAGUACGGUAUAUCCAGUCUUCGACAAUGCUCCGUACCCCCCAAGUAAGAUAUCACUCGAUCGUAGCGACUGGAGCACCCGGUCACGGGAAGAGAGUUCAGGACAGAAUUAUUUUGAAGGAAUUGGGCUGGUGCCUAAUGCCGGCAGUCCUCCCUAUCCCCAGAAGCUGCUUUUCGAAUAUUCUCCGACCACUUCCCCAAGCAUUGGGAGUGUGACAGUGGCAGGAAGAAGUACUGAUCGCGAGUCAAAGCGUCAUCAUUCUACUCCUCAUGGCCGCAGAAGUGAUUUAGAUAUAGACACGUCUGGCGACGAUCUUCCUAAUUACCUCAGUGGGCAUCGUGAGGGGGGUGAGCAGAGUGCUACUAUGAUGGGGAGUCGGAAAGUGGAUGAUUCAGACAUUCCCUCACUGGAUAGUUUGCAGCUUAACCCCUCUUCAAAAUAUACAAAUCGUCAGAAAAUGAGUGAGAGCGAUAAACAUGUGGAAGGCAUUGAUGCCGGGUCAUCGUCUGCCAUAAACCCCGAAAUACCGGCGAAAGGAAUUUUGAAGCCUCAGCAGGGUAAUCUUCCAGAGGAUCCCGACCCCAUCCGAGCAGCAGGAGCACGAUGGACAAAAAUUGACCAACGACUCGUCAGUCCUGAAGCCUUGAAAGCUGGAAAUGAAAGUUUCGAAGAGGUUUCAGAAUAUGUAGUGGUCCUGCGAGUUCUGACCAAAGAGGAGAUUCAAGAGUAUGCUAUUAAAACGCAAGAAAUUCGAGGUAUGCUUUGGCUAUUCCACCUAGUUUUCUGA